CGCCACUUCCGACAAUGUGUUUAACGUAUACAAAAAGCAGCGGAAGUAAAAGAAAAAAGUCGCUAAUUCGGUUGUUGUACUGGAAACGUAAUAUAGUCAUGCACACUCGAUGAGCGGCAUGCGUAGGUCGCACACAUAUGUGUGCUUAUAAUUUUAAGUGUCUUCGUUGAUCCAAUGGAUGCUGCAUUAACAUGUCAGAAGGGUUAAACUCGCAUUGGUAAACAAGCAUGUUUUUUGUCGCUGUGUUAUAUCUCGAUCCACCUACGCAUGUCAAUAACCUUAACAGAAAGCAUAAAGAAAGAUACCUAAUAACGGAAUCGAUAUGCGUGGGUGGAUUGAGAUAGACCUCACAGCGACAGAAACAUGUUUGUUUACCAAAACGAGUUAGACACUUUUGAUAUGUUAAUGUAUAACAAUGUUUAUAAACAAGAAUGCAAGUGUUGGAAUAAGUUGAAAAAUGAAUCGCAGACCUCGUCACUAUCGUGUUAAGACCCCGUGGUUCAACCGUAAAUACAUCAGAAAACCCAGAAGUACUACGCUUGCUACUUCGUUUCAAAAUGAAACGGUUGGUGUUGAACUGGCCGACGAGCAACGAAACCUCCAUGACGACCAGUCAAGUGAUGACAUUGGCGAUGUAAUUGCAGAUCGGAUCGAUCCAGAUGAUUCUCAAGACACGGAACCAACCAUUGAGGAUAUGGAGGUCACCUCAACUUAUUUGGAGGAACCGUGCAGUAAAUCAAAUUCGGAUAGCUCUUCGCAGUCUGGAGAGCUCCCGGAUGAGCAAUCUGAAAAUAUAACCCACGAAAGGCUGCAGAAUGAGCCUACUAUAAAUGGAACAAGUCCCGACUCGGAACCUCCGGAUAGUAACCAUGAGUCAGCGGAAUUUCGUGAUGACAUUGCGGUAAAAGAUAUCAUGUUCAUGGCUCUAAACUUCUACAUAAGGCACAAGCUAACACAAGAAGGCUUAGAAGACUUUAUGAAAAUGUUGAACGUGCUGACGAAAGGUAAAACGUUUCCCGAAAGUUUUGCCACAUUCAUAAAUGCUUUUCCAGCUCCUUACGAAGUGGAAAGAGUAUAUUUUUGUACGAAUUGUCAAUACGGGUAAGUUUACUUUAAUAAAACUAUUUAUUUGUUAUUCAGUGACAUCACCUAACUCCAAUUACCUUUUUUCGGUUCCCAAUUCCGUUCAACCCAUUUGUUUUGCAUGGCAUGAACGGGACUAGGAACCAACAAAAGUUAUUGGAAUGAGGUGGCGUCACGAUAAUGUAGAACAUUGCGAAUCUGCCCAUUUGUCAUAUUGCUGAUUUUUCUACAGCAAACAAAUAAGGCAAUAUAUGUUUUCACUUUAUUAGGUAAAAGGCCCUGCUAUUAAAACUAUGUAGGGGAUAUUGUGUUUUCGACAGUUUUAUUCUCUUCGUCAUGGGGGGUUCAUUGAAGCCUGUUGAACUCAGAUGGCCUCAAAUCCUUCCCAAUCAAGCUGAAUUAUAUGACCAAGUUUUAUGCAAUUUGUCCGACAAAAACCCCCAAUGACGAAGAGAACAAACCUGCCGAUAAUACCCUAAUUCACCCUAUAACAAAAUGAAGGUGUUUGAAAAUUAUAUUCAAUCCACAUUUUACAUUGUAAGUUACCUCUUUUGACGGUACCUACAUAUUUUAAUUCAGUCUUCGGUUAAAUAGGUAAAUGUUGACAGAUUUGAAUGUAAUACAUACAGGGGAUAGACAAAAUGAUCGGGACAGGUCAAUAUUUCACUUUUCGAAAAAUGCAUCAAAAAAACUCAAAAUUUUUACUGUAAGUUAAGUCAAACGUUUUUCCAUGCUCAUUUUAUUAGUCGUAAACGCUCAAAAUUUCAUUUCAUUCGGUUCAUUGGAACCGGAGAUAUAACAUUUUAAAGUUGACUAUCGGAUAAUUAUGACUUUUACAUGGAUCUUUCUAACUUUAAGUAGAAUAGCCCGAUCUUUCCCAAAUUCGGACCACUGUUAGACAACAAGUUGAUCAAAUUACAGUGAACAUUUAAGAUUUUUUUAUUGGCUUUUUGAAAAGCUACAAACAGUUGAUCAUAUUUCGAAAAGUGAAAACUGUGCCUGUCCUAAUCAUUUUGUCUAUCUCCUGUAGCAGAUCUUACAAAACCAGAUUAGUUUCAAUACAAGAGUAGAGUUAUUGAUUUUUAAGUAUUAUUUAUUACAUUAAAAUAAAUUAAAGCUUGACUUACCAAAUCCAUCGUAGUUGUUAUUUUAAAGCAUUCUUAUGAUUAUGAUUAAAGCUUAUGAUAAUGUCGGUAACUAUUAAACAACCAGACGCAUAAAACUGUGAACUGACAUGAAUGGUAUUUUAGUGUAGUGUCAUAAAUAAAAUAAAAAUACUGUGAAAAGUGGUAAUUUACACCAUUACACCAUUAAUUGCAGUACUUAUUUUAUACACCCGAUUCUCGAUUUGCACGGAUUUUUUUGCAUGGCCGGGCAAAAAAAAAAUCCAUGCAAAAAUAAAAUUUCAAAUGUUAUUUUUGCAUGAUUUGUCGAGAAAUCAUGUUACUUUUUUGCACGGUUUGUCGAAUUUUGAACCAAAAACUUUUUUGCACGGUACGCAUCCCCGUGCAAAAAAAAAAGAAUCGGGUGUAGGUAUACGUGUUCAUUUUUUUUUCUAAUCAGCAUAUGACAAUAGUUUAUCGAAUUCGUGAUUUUUCUACAUUAUUUCUAGUUAUGUUAUGUUAUAGUAUGUCAAAAAAUAAAAUGAUAUAUGAUUCAAUGUCCAAUAAUAUCUGUUUAUUUUUAGAUACGAGACUGCUCCGCAACCCGAAAUAGUUUGCCCGGUUGAAAAUUGCGGAUCAACCAGAACCGAUUUCUUUAUUGCAUUUCCCAUAGAGCAGCAGAUCAGAGAGACUAUUUCGAAAUACUCUAAACAAAUAGCUGAAUACGAGGCAGCAAUCAUUGAUGAUGAUAUUCGAGACAUCAACAGGGGUCGCUUGGCACGGUCGAUUAUGAGAAAUGAUGUGUCUAAAUACAUAACACUCUCUGCAAAUGAAGACAGCGCAGCUGCAGUCAAAUGCUCUAACAAAAAGCCAAUUUAUCCACUAUUCGUGACACUGAAUAACUUGCCACCAAAACUGCGAUUCAACAAAAACAAUCUCAUUCUGGCUGCACUAUGGUUCAACCCAGGAAAACCGAACAUGGCUUUGUUUCAUAAAAAUUUCGUGCUUCAGUUGCAACAGUUGCGUAACGGUAUCACCAUCAAUAAUGAGGUCUAUAAAGUUGUUCUUCUACAGAGCUGCACAGAUUCUGUAGGUCGAUGUGAGUUAUUUUGCUCAAAGCAGUAUAAUGGAUGGUAUGGCUGCACUUAUUGUUUGCAUCCGGGAGAACUAGUUAAUAAUCAGAUUAGGUAUCCGUAUCGUAAAACCAAAGUAAGAGAAGAUAAAGAAACUAGGAAAAUUAUGUACGAAAUCGAAAGGUGUGCAUCCAAAGAACCUGUAUUUGGAAUCAAAGGUUUAUGUGUUUUGGCCGGCGUUCCAGAUUUUGAUAUCAUCAAUGGGUUACCGCCUGAUUAUAUGCACAUGGGUCUAAUUGGUGUUACAAGAAUUCUGUGGGAAUUACUAAUGACAGGAGAGGGAUCUAACAAAGAGCGAGCUUGUUAUGUAGGAGACCAAAAACCAUUAGUAGAAAAUAGGCUAUCCACCAUAAGACUUCCGAGUAGCUUCCAACGGAAUAUCAGAAAUGUUGAUGAGUACCUGAAAUUCAAAGCCAAUGAGUGGGAAACAUUGUUGUUCCAUUGUAUUUACCCUUGCAUGCACGAUCUUAUGCCAAAACAGUACCUUGACAUGAUAAUGCUAUUUUCGUCCAGUAUUUAUAAUCUCCUGCAGUUCCAGGUUACUGACGACACUCUGCAAAACUGCGAGAAAAGCCUGAUUAAAUUUGUCAAAGAAUUCCAGAAGGCAUUUGGCACAGAAAAUGUUGUUUACAACAUUCAUCUGGCCACGCAUUUGGUGGAAUCGGUCAGAAAUCUGGGAGCACUAUGGAACUCUUCCCUUUUCCCCUAUGAAAAUGGAAAUGGCAUGCUAAUUGAUUUUCACACUUCAAACAACCAUCCUGUUAUACAAGUAGCAUCCAAAAUUAUAUUGAACCGUAUUUGUCAUCUCACUAGAAUAGACAAUAACAAUCCUUCAAAGAUAUGGAUCAAAAAUAUUUGGGAUUCAUCACGACAGAAUAAUAAAUAUGAUCAUAGAAUAAAAGCAGUUCUGCCAGAUGUAGAAUGCGAAGAAGAUGUAAGUCAAAAGGAGUUUAAUGAUGUCGGAAAAUGGUACUGCAACGGUUUUAAAAUUUGCACUAAAUCAAUUUGUGAAAAAUUUGCAUAUGAUGAUUCGUUUGUAAAUGUUAACGAGAACUUUUUUCACGUCAAAAGAAUUUUAAUCGACAAUGAUAAUAUCGCGUAUAUUUUGGGAACCCUAUUGAUAACAAAGAAGUUAUACAGUAAUAUGUUCAUUUAUAGACAUUCUAAGAGAGACAUACUGUUUAAAAUUAACAAAACACUAAAACAAUGCGUAAGUGUUACUGUUAAACCAAAGAACGAUCUUUCUCGUAACAUAAACUUCAUUUCAACAUGUAAAUCUAAAACACAAAUAGACUGAUGACUUGGUGUAAAUAAAAAUAAUUUGUUUUGUAACAUUCUUCUGACAACGACAUGUAUAUUUUAAAGUAGUUAAGUAAAAUCGGGUUAAGUACUGUUUCUUUUAAAUCCACUUUUGUACCCUUUGACAUUUACUUAUUUCAAUCUCAACUGUAAGGUCGUCUUCAGUGUCUCUUAUUUGACAAGAUCCGAUUUUUUUUACUUACAGGUAUUCCACUAAAACGCCAAGGUUCAUCAUCAUCAUUUAAAAUGGUUGUUCAAUCUAUAGAAAUAACCAAUUAAAAUCCAUGAGGAAUCGCGUGUACGGUCGUCUUAUUUUUAUAUGAUCUGAAAUGCUUUUGCUUCCAUAUAGGUUUUACGAUAGUAUUUUUUUCUCGAUUGGUCAAUGACGGUCGUGAAAACGAAUAAACCCGCUUAUUCUACAGGUCGAAUGAGGUGACGAUAGCUUACUCACUUUAUUCAGCAUAGUGCUCGUUCAAAAUCUUAAAAAUUAAAACACAUAAUAAUGUUCUCAGAACUAUAACGCUCGUAAAAAUCAAGUAAAAUGCUUAUUUU